UUAUGUAAUGUCUUACAAAUGUUUCAUCCUUAAUAUAAAAAAGACACUUUCGGGCAUAUAAUGCUCUGCCUAGCGAUGCUCUUGUUUAAGUUAACAAAUGGGUUGUAAAUGUAAUUGAUUUCAUUUAACAUUAUCUUAUUUUGGACAUUUAGAAACUUUGAUGCCCCAAUCUGGUGGGACGGAUUUGGAACCGCAUGUUUCAGCUUUGACAUAUGUACUCUGCUGGCCGUAUUAUUUGUGUUUAAAAGAAGGAACCUCAGGGCGCAAAUUGGUGGGGAAGUCGCAGAAAGAACAUAAAACUCCUGAACCUGAUGUGACGGAUUUGGACCCACAUGACAAGCCAGGAGCACCAGGUGUACCUAAAUGUAAGACAACAACAGAGGACAGUAUAACUUUAUUUUGGACACCACCCAAUAGAGAUGGAGGUAACCCAGUCACUGGAUAUGUCCUUGAGAGGAGAGAGAAGGGUGAUGUCAUAUGGGAAACAAGCAGUUAUUCUGUCAACCAAGUCACCGAGUUCACAGUAGAGGGUUUGCAAGAUGGUAAAGAAUAUGAGUUCCGUGUAGCAGCCUGCAACAAUGCCGGUACUGGAGAGUUCAGUAACUAUUCUGAACCAAUCAAGGUUCAACCACCCCCAAAUAAACAAAUAUGGAUUGAAGAACUUCCGAAGGAUUUACUGGACACACCCUUGUCAAAUGAAAUGUGUGUUGGAUUUCACGACUAUUUUGGCCACGAUUGGGAGAUAAUUGCAAAACAUUUGAAGUUAAGACAAGCAACUAUUGAUCAUAUUGACGCUGAUAAGCGAAGUCAAAGUUUAAAAAUAGAUCGAAUGAUUCGCACGUAUGUAGACGAGUAUCAACCAACUGUUGGCGAUUUUUUGCGUCUUUUGAAAAGUUGUUCACAAACACCUACAAUUGAAUGGACUCUAUUAAAAAAUCAUUUUGAAAAAAUGCUAUGAUGACAUUUUGAAAAUUUUCAGAAGGAAUAUUUUUAUCAUUUUCAUAUUUUGAAAUACUAUAGUAAACAUUUUUUUUAUUUUGCUUUUUAUGCUCCCGAAAAAUUUCGGGGGAGCAUAUAGUCGGCGCCUUGUCCGUCUGUCCGUCCGUCCGCACAAACAAUUUAGGUAUAUGAGCUUACUAACGGUACACUUGGACAAAAGAGAACAAAGGACUUCAUUCUGUAAAUAAUAGUAAGCUCAUAAGGAAACAAUAGUUUGCCCACAAGGAAACAAAAGAAAAGAACAAUAGAAAUAGCUCAUAAACCUGAAAAUUUGGUACGUCCGUCUGUCCGUCCGUUGUCUUGUCCGGAGCAUAACUUGAAAACCCUUGGAGAUAAUUUGUUGAAACUUCAUACAGUGGUAGAGGGCAUUGAGGGGGAGUGCAGUGUCAAAGAACCAUAACUAUAUUUUGCCUGGUUUUUGAAUUAUCUCCCCUUAUAGAAUAAUCUUGUCCGGGGCAUUACUCUUAAACUAUAAGAGAUAUCAACAUGAAACUUUGUAGGUGAAUAGAUCUCAAUCGGUAGAUGUACAGUGCAUAACAACAAUAACUCUUUUUGUCCUUAUUUUGGAGUUAUUGCCCUUUGUUAAUUUUAACACUUUGAACUUUGUCCGGAAUAUAACUCUAAAACUAUAAGAGAUAUCAAGAUGAAACAUUGUAGGUAGAUAGAUCUCAUUGAGUAGAGGUGCAGUGCAAAAGAACCAUAACUCUGUUAAGCCUCAUUUUUGAAUAAUCUCCACUUUUAGAAAAAUCUUGUUCAGGACAAAGCUGUAAAACUAUAAGAGAUAUCAACAUGAAACUUUGUAGGUAGAUACAUCUCAUUAGGUAGAUGUGCAGUGCACAAGAAUCAUCACUCUGCCUUGCCUAAUUCUGGAGUUAUUGCCCUUUGUUUAUUUUUACUUUUUGAAGUUGUCAGGGACAUAACUCGGAAAUCAUGAGAGAUAUCAUCAAGAAACUUUGUAGGUUGAUAGAUCACAUUGAUAAGAAGUGCAGUGCAAAGAACAGUUACUCUGCCUUGCCUAAUUUUGGAAUAAUUGUACUUUGAACUUUUUCAAGACACAUAACUCUGAAACUAAAGAGGUGUACUUUCCUGUGUCCAAAGCCUAUUCGGGGAGCAUCACCCGGCUCAAACCGGGCUCUUAUUUUAUUUAUUUAUUAUCCUCCAUAAUAUAUGAAAAUUUGAACGACAAUUACACAACCAGUUUUUAAAUAACUACAGACAAAACAAGUAUACAAAUGUGAUAUAUACAUUACAAGACAGAAUGUAGAUAAACAAAUGCAAGUAAUCUAUAAAAUGUAUACAUUGGACAGCACAAUUACAUGAUUUGUCCCUAACUGAAAAGUAUAGCACUGAGUAAGAAUAAAGACGAAGAAAAAUGCCUUUAUAUGAUUUAGACUUCCCUCUAACCCUAGUACGAAAACGAAACACUAGGAAAUAGAGAGCAGGGAAACAAAUCUACAAGUUUUAAUUCAAUGACAUUUUUAGAAAACCUAGACAAGUUCACUAUAUAAUCGAAAUGUCAUUUUCAUAAACAAUGUAAACGGUUACUGUUUAAUUUACUUCUAUAGUAAUCAAAGUUAUACUGAUUGAACAAUUCAUUAAAAAAUAUGUUUAAGCAACGCCAAUCGGAAAGUUUUGAUGUUUGGAAUGAAUUAUUUAACAAAAUAUAUAUUUUUUAAUUCCUAUAACCACUUAAUUAAUGAUAAUUAUCAUUCAUUUUUAAACUUAAAUCGUCAAUGCUACUGUUAUAAAUGAAGUAUGAAACAACAGUUUAAUACAGUCCAAAUCGAUACACUUUUGCAAUUAUGAAUACAUACAGUAAAUUUGCAAUUAAAUGAAAAAGAUAUGUGCGAAUAUAAAUUUUCAUGUACAUGUAUAAAUGCAAAUCAAAUAUGCAUAAUUUAUGGUUAUUUCUCUUAUUCAUACACAAAGUUCAGCUUUGUUUCAGUAGACAUUACAUCGAUACUUAUAAAAUAAAAACAAUACUUUCAAAAGAAUUGUGCUAUUUUCUGAAUAAUGCAUUUUGUACACUUUGAACAUACACUUAGUAAUCCAAAAGUUUGAAAAUUUCGUAUCGAUUUUCUGGAUGGCCAAGCUAAGGCUUCUGACACACUGCUCCCUAGGCCCACGGCCGAUCAAGUCCGAAAACCAGUCCAUGCCAAGGCGGUCGAUUACGAUGUUCCACAUACUUCCAAUUAAUAAAUUGGUUUCAGAAGAGUUCAACAGCAAAUGCGUUGUCAUAU